AUGCAAAUUCAAUGUAAACCCCUAACUUUUACAGUUUCUUCGAUUUCUUCUAACCCAAAGCUACCAUUCCGAUCUUCAAUCACUUUACGGUCAUGUAAGCCUCCAUUCCCAAGUUUCAGGAGCUCUGUUUCCGAAGCAAAGUCUCUGAAUUUGAACAGGUUUAUCAGAAACUGUUCGAUUCCGAGUCAGGAGAUUGUUGUUCAUGGAGGAAGCGGAAAUGGGCCGGUUUCUCCGGCGACGGAGGAAGUGAUUGAGCUGGUAGGUGGAGACGCAGACGACGUUUCGAUUUCUGCGGUUGAAGUGAAGAAAGAUGACUUGGCGAAUCAGAGCAUAUGGGGACAGAUGAAAGAGAUCGUCAUGUUUACAGGACCUGCGGCGGGACUGUGGCUAUGUGGGCCGUUGAUGAGUCUCAUCGACACGGCGGUGAUUGGUCAAGGAAGCUCACUCGAACUCGCUGCUUUAGGUCCUGCAACCGUCGUCUGUGAUUAUUUGUGUUAUACCUUCAUGUUCCUCUCGGUCGCCACAUCAAAUCUUGUCGCCACCUCUCUUGCUCGACGGGACAAAGAUGAAGUACAACAUCAGAUAUCGAUCUUGCUUUUUAUUGGGUUGGCCUGUGGAGUCAUGAUGAUGGUGUUUACAAGGCUGUUUGGUUCCUGGGCACUAACUGCUUUCACAGGGGCGAAGAAUGCUGAGAUUGUCCCGGCGGCAAAUACAUAUGUUCAGAUCCGUGGUUUGGCAUGGCCAGCUGUUCUCAUUGGAUGGGUUGCUCAAAGUGCAAGUCUUGGUAUGAAAGACUCAUGGGGACCUUUAAAGGCACUGGCAGUCGCUAGUGCAAUAAACGGUGUUGGUGAUGUGAUCUUAUGCACCUUUCUAGGAUAUGGUAUAGCAGGUGCCGCUUGGGCAACGAUGGUGUCACAAGUUGUUGCAGCUUAUAUGAUGAUGGACGCGUUGAACAAGAAAGGAUACAGCGCCUUCUCACUCUGUGUUCCUUCUCCAAGUGAACUCUUGACAAUCUUUGGGCUCGCUGCCCCAGUCUUUAUAACUAUGAUGUCAAAGGUUUUGUUCUACACGCUCCUUGUGUAUUUUGCAACAUCAAUGGGUACAAGCGUCAUAGCUGCUCAUCAGGUUAUGCUUCAGACGUUUACCAUGUGUACAGUUUGGGGGGAGCCUCUCUCUCAAACUGCGCAGUCCUUUAUGCCCGAGUUGCUAUUCGGAAUCAAUCGCAACUUACCUAAAGCUAGAAUGCUUCUCAAGUCACUUGUUAUCAUCGGUGCUACGUUAGGAAUAGUAGUGGGAAGCAUUGGCACAGCGGUACCAUGGCUGUUCCCUGGCAUCUUCACGCACGACAAGGUUGUCAUAUCCCAGAUGCACAAGGUCAUCAUACCAUAUUUCGUUGCUUUAUCCAUCACACCAAGUACCCACAGUCUCGAAGGCACCUUACUGGCUGGAAGAGAUCUUAGGUAUAUCAGCUUGUCAAUGACUGGAUGCUUCGCCGUUGCAGGGCUUGUACUUAUGCUUGUGAGCAACGGAGGAUUUGGGUUGAGAGGCUGCUGGUACGCUCUCGUGGGAUUCCAAUGGGCUCGGUUUUCUCUAGCCCUUGUCCGUCUUUUAUCGCGGGACGGUGUGCUUUACUCGGAAGAUACAAGCCGAUACACAGCGGAGAAAGUGAAAGCUGCUUAG